CAGCUGAUUGAGUGGCUCCUGUUUCUCUGAUGACAUAUAUUUCGGUGCUGUACAAACCGAUUUUUAUAAAGUUCUUUGUUUGCUCAGAUAGACUGUGCGGUCCAAGAAAGUAUACAUUGAUGUUACAUAGAUUUUGAAAUACAAUCCACUUUCAUCUGCUGGGUGAAAACAGAUACAGAUUUUAAUUUUCUGCAGAAAAACUUAACAAAAAAAAACUUAAUAACCAUAUAUUGAUUUUGCUGUAUUUUUUUUAUUCUUCUCAAGAAACGUCACCAAAACUAUUGAAAGGAAGAACAGCCCUUCUGUUGCUUGUUUGUGGAAGAGUGAGCAGGUAGGUGAAUGCAGCCAUGGUGUUAAUCCUAGGCAGGAGAUUGAACAGGGACGACCAUGGGGUGCACGAUUCCCCAGCCACCAAGCGAAAGGUCUUCGAGGGGGACUCCAAGACUCUAGGAAGCCAUGACAUCUUCGAUUUCUGCUCGGGGUCGACUCACGCUGAGAGCAUCCUGCAGGUGCUCAAUGAGUUCAGGGAUAGCCGUCUCUUCACUGAUGUGAUCAUUUGCGUGGAGGGCCGCGAGUUCCCCUGCCACCGCGCCAUCCUUUCCGCCUGUAGCAGUUACUUCAGGGCCAUGUUCUGCAACGACCACCGCGAGAGCCGCGAGAUGCUGGUGGAGAUCAACGGCAUCCUGGCUGAAGCCAUGGACAGCUUCCUGCAGUAUGUCUACACGGGCAAGGCCAAGAUCACCACAGAGAAUGUCCAGUUCCUGUUUGAGACCUCCAGCCUCUUCCAGAUCGGGGCCCUGCGCGACGCCUGCGCCAAGUUCCUGGAGGACCAGCUGGAUCCCUGCAACUGCCUGGGCAUCCAGCGCUUUGCAGACACCCACUCGCUCAAGCACCUGGCCAGCCACUGCAGGACCUAUGCUCAGCAGAACUUCACAGACGUGGCCCAGCAUGAGGAGUUCCUGGACCUGCCCCGGGACGAGCUGGUGCAGAUCAUCUCCAGUGACGAGCUGGUCGUCGGCAAGGAGGAGGCGGUCUUUGAGGCCGUCAUGCGCUGGGUCUAUCACGACGUGGACUACAGGAGGCCCAUGCUAAAGGAGCUGCUCCAUCACGUUAGAAUGCCCCUGCUGCACCCCAACUACUUUGUCCAGACUGUGGAGGGAGACCAGAUCAUCCAGAACUCACCCGAGUGCUACCAGCUGCUGCACGAAGCCCGGAGGUACCAUGUGCUGGGCAACGAGAUGAUGUCCCCCAGGACCAGACCUCGCAGAUCGACAGGCUUUUCAGAGGUGAUCGUGGUGGUUGGGGGCUGCGAGCGAGUAGGGGGGUUUAACCUUCCCUACACCGAAUGCUAUGACCCAGUGACGGGAGAGUGGAAGUCUCUGGCUAAACUUCCGGAGUUCACCAAAUCUGAAUAUGCAGUCUGCGCUUUGAGGAAUGACAUCCUCGUCUCAGGUGGACGGAUUAACGGCCGGGAUGUUUGGAUGUAUAACUCGCAGCUUAACAUGUGGAUCAGGGUGGCCUCCUUAAACAAAGGCAGAUGGCGUCAUAAGAUGGCUGUCCUCCUGGGAAAGGUGUAUGCGGUCGGGGGCUACGACGGGCAGAAUCGUCUGAGCAGCGUGGAGUGCUACGAUUCCUUCUCGAACCGCUGGACCGAAGUUGCACCCAUGAAAGAGGCAGUCAGCUCCCCUGCUGUGGCCAGCUGUGCCAACAAGCUCUUUGUGAUUGGAGGAGGGCCAGAUGACAACACCUGCUCCGACAAGGUCCAGUGUUACGAUCCUGAGUCGAACACGUGGCUGCUGCGUGCAAACAUCCCCAUCGCAAAGAGAUGCAUCACCGCCGUGUCUCUGAACAACCUGAUCUACGUGUCCGGAGGCCUCACCAAGUCCAUCUACUGUUACGAUCCCGUUGAGGACUACUGGAUGCACGUCAUGCACACAUUCAACAAACAGGAGAGCUGUGGAAUGUCAAUAUGUAAUGGCAAAAUCUUCAUCCUGGGAGGAAGGGGGGAGAAUGGAGAAGCCACAGACACUAUUUUGUGUUACGACCCGGCUACAGGAAUCAUCACAGGGGUGGCAGCCAUGCCCCGGCCCAUCUCCUACCACGGCUGUGUGACCAUCCACAGAUACAAUGAGAAGUACUACAGGCCCUGAGACACUCAAAACCGGGACGGACACUUCAAAUCCACAAUUUGAGGAGACUAUCGGCAGUCCCGCAGAAAUAUCUUAGAAUAGAGAUAAGAGCCUUUCGUAGCUUUGUUUCGUUGGAGUGGUGUAUUUUUAUUUUUGGAUUUCAUUUUGGUAGGAGUGAGUGCAAGUUAGUAACUUUCUGUAUAACAUUGCCUUACUCGGUUUUUGUUUUUAAUUAUAUAAGAUUGUGAUAAUAAUUUAAAAUUGAGAUUAUUGGCCAAACAGCUGUUCUUGAUAACUCAUGUAAUAAACAGCUGUGACCCAACCCCCCCUUGGAAACUGUAUCAAGGAACUGAAACUUUUGGUAAACACAGCAGUUACGAAACAGCCUUUAGACUGGAUGCAAGAAACUGCGAUUCAUUCAUUUGUAGCUUUGACAAAGCUGUACAUACCGCUGACAACUUAAAAAUGUACAUCAAUAAGGGGAAUAGGCUAAUAUAUAUAUGAAGGCAAUAAUGUUGUAGUAAUUUAAGGUGGACUUGUUUUAUUUUUAGUUUUUUAGUUUUUCUUCCUAAUGCCAAGUACCUACAGAAUACCACUAAUACGCCCUGCAACAUGCACAACAUGCUGGUCAAGGCAGUGCCUUCAUUCAUCAGAUCGGUUUUGUUAAUCAAGUGUAAAAGGCCAUUGAAAACCAGAUCAGGUUCACUGAUUUUCAUUUCUACUGUUCUAGAGUAUGGCUGCAAAUCAGCAUGUCAGAUACUUUGUAUUGCAAGCUCUGUACCCUGGCUAUGCCUGCUGCUUCACACUUGGAAAAGUGCCUUAGUCCUGGGCUGAAACGCCCCAGCUGUGAUGUCAACUGGGCUCAGAUUCAUAGUUCAGUGUAUUGGUGAAACAAGCCAGUCAGUGGCUAAGAGAUCUGCUCCAGACCAACACACUAAGCAGCAUAACAAUUUCCAACGACAGUUUCACAUCAGCGAUCUCUGAUCUCUGAGUGUAACGCCUGGAAUUAACACCACCAUCCUAAAAAUAUCAGAAAUCAUCACAAAACAGAUUAUUAAGAGCGAUCAUCUUAUUUAAAGGCUGCAUGUCAAAGCCAGUAAUGUACCUGCUCAUCCAUUGGGUAUGACGUGCUUGCGCUAGUGUUACUCACAUGAAAUGUCACUGUAUUGCAUACACAAACCACGCUAUACCAAUUUUAGUUACUUUAGUAUUUCUAUUCAGUGUUAUAAUUGUGGCUCUUUGUUAAUAAGCUGAUAUUUUCUUGUAAUGCAUCGACUGUUUUUUGUACAUGGUGCUCUAUCGUAGGCUUGCACAUCUUUUUUGUUUCAUUGUUUUCUUUUUCUUUUUCUUUUUAUAGCCGUCAAGAAAGAGAGCCCCAACAGUGCGCUUUGUUCUGUAGAAAAAGCCUUCUUGAUAGUUGAAUAAUUUAAAUAUUGUAAUGUAAAUAGGUGUUUAUUUUACUGUAUCAGUAAACGUCUUUAGCUUGAGUUCAUGUAAAGAGAAGUGUGUGGCGCCUGCAAGCUCUUUGAGUUCUCAAUGACGGAGAUGGGCAGAUUAGUAGCGUGAGCGAACCCAAGAUUACAAACAGGCACAAAGAAGCACCAGGAACAAGAAACAAAACAGAAUGGAUUUUCUGUCUUUUAAUAUGAUAUAAUAACUGGCAGGAUUUCCAAUGUAAUUCCUUAAAAAAAUUUAAACAAAGAGCCUAGUUCUUAUUAAGCAAAGUGCUGUUAUUGAGUGCAAGUGCAUAUUUAUACAGCAGUGCCUUCCACAAGCACUCGCAUGUUGCUUUUAAAAAACCCUGUUUUCACUGGAAGAUUGGGCUUAGAAAUACAGCUGUUGUAUUGCUUGGCUUGAGCGUUUUGUUAUUAUUUAUCAAUGUAAUAAAAAUGAAUGCAAUUUAGCAAGGGAUUUGAGUGCAGCUGUCACAUGUGAUGUAAAGUGAUUCUCUGUUCCGGUCCGUAAGUCGUUCCAGGUUUUUAUUCCCCCCCAGGACCUGAAUUCUCAUUUUAAAAUCGCUUUACAGUGCCUAUCAAUGCCUGUACUACCAGUCCUUGUAAAUUAAAGGCACUGUAUGACAAUUGUUUGGUAUACAUUCAGUUUCAAUACAGGCAUAUACAUCCUAACACAGGGUGUAUUUAACCACCUAGUUGAAAAAAGAAAACCUGACUAGUGAACCUCAGAAGAGGAGUGGGGCUAAAUUGGGAAGUAUUUGGAAAUGAUAAUGUGCUUCGUAGAAGUAGCAAGGCCCUGCCGGACCAAUCCUUGUCAUAUUGAAACCCAAUAAUAAUGGAUAUUGCCCAUUUAAGAAACAUUAUUCCUUGUACGUAGCGGAACGAUCUUCCAAGGUGCAAGGCAUGUGCCUUCAGAGCCCCAGGUACGAGUUCUAGGACAUCCUUUGAGAGAGUUUCCUUCUUUAUCCUAAUUAAAAAUGAUAGUGCCUAAAAGUGUGCUGCUAAGAGGAUGAGAACAGAGACACGAUAGGACAAUCAAGGAGGUUGUGUUUUAAAAAACACACACACACACACACACACACACACAUACGAUUUCUAGGAUGUAAUCCCAUCUCAGGAUUUAAUUCAGUAGGAGGGUGAUGUGAGUGAGCAGGCUUGCGAGUUUGUGACUGCAGCGAGAGUUUAGUGAAUAUUUACGCGAAUAGCUAAAAGGUUUACUUUUUUCUUAUGUUUUAAAAAAAAUCAUAUUUUGGUAACCUUUUGUGGACUGAGUUUGUAUGAUAGAUACCGCAUGAUGUGUUUGUCCUGGGUGAUUGUAUGAAAAGGAGCAGUUGGCAGGAUGAGGACCGUACGCAGACCAUGAUACCACUGUGCUUGAGUGUGCGUUUGCAGGCUGCUUGAACGUUGAGCGAUGGCGAACUUCGGCAGUCUUUUGUGAUGAAGAUCCACCGAAGCAAAGCAUUUAUUUUAUUUAAAGGCGGCGUGAUAAGCCAAUUUAGCUUUCUAUUCAUAAGCCAGUAAUGUACCUGUCAUGGUUAUAUUAUUGUAUGAUGUGAUAACUGUUCUUUUUAUUUUACUUGUUCUAUUUAAAUGUAUUUGUAUGAGAGUUACACUGAUGCCUUCAUAUAUUAAAAGAAUUUUGUUUGUUACGUU